AGGAUGGUGGCUCAAGUAGUGAGGCCACUAAUGCAAUGGCCGAGAUGGCAUUACCAAUGCUUGUCUCGUGCAACUUUCCAUCAUCUCCUCCCCCCACCCUCACUACUCUCCACCAACGACAGCUCUCGUCCUCUACUCUUUAUACCAUACCCUUCUUCUCAUCGGAACGUUCAUUUCCGAUCACGCGGUCUCAGGUUACCCAACGCUCCGUUACCGUCCUAUUCCACGGAGAGCGACAGCGACUCCGAUGGCAAUUCAAAGAAGAGCCGCAACCAGAAAAAGCGGGAAGCUCAUCGCGCCGUCCGGUGGGGUAUGGAGCUCGCUAAUUUCUCUUCACCUCAAAUCAAGCGUAUUCUCAGAGUGGCGUCACUCGAGCAAGAAGUAUUCGAUGCGCUGAUGCUAGCGAAGAGACUAGGUCGUGAUGUUCGAGAAGGAAAGAGAAGGCAGUUUAGUUAUAUAGGAAGACUGCUACGUGAAGUGGAGCCUGAAUUGAUGGAUGGUUUAAUUCAGGCAACAAAAGAUGGUGACAUGAAUAAGUUCCAGGGUUUAGCUGGUUCAGCAUCAUGGGUUAGUGAUGAUGAAGAAGAGGAAGAAGAAACUAUACAUGAGGAUGAAGAGGAGGAGUCUCAUGAUUAUAUUCUAGCUACCAGAUGGUUUGAUGGUCUGAUCAAGAAGGACAAUGACAUUACCAAUGAAGUCUAUUCAGUUCAUAACGUCGAGUUUGAUCGCCAGGAAUUGCGCGGACUUGUCCGGAAAGUACACAAUAUUGAAGAGCGUUGGGCCAAUGCGGAGGAAAACAAAGGAGAAGUGGAUGUGGCACUUAUGGGAGCCAAGAGGUCUCUCUCUCGUUUCCUUCGAGGCCUUGCCAAGCAGCUGCCAACUGAAUAGAUUCUCAGUUUUGGGCAUUUAUUAUUCUUUUGCAGCAUCAGGUAGUUCUAUUAACUUAUAAACUGGGAAUUUUGGUGGUUCGGGAAAGCGAUGCCUCCUUUUUCAUGCUUUUUGGUUGAGGCAAAUUUAAUCAAUUCUUAUGCCUUUUUUAUCUCACUCGACAUACUUCAGUGCUCCCACAAAAACUCCCUCUUCGCCAAUUUUUCUGCUGAAAAACACCAACCUAGCCUUGCAAUGCUUUAAGUUAGAUGAUUUGCAUGAACUAUCUGGCAAGUUUCAUGCAAAUACUUUCGUGUAGAACACUGCAACUGAACCGGAUUCCCAGUUGCAACGGUGAACCUGCAACACCAUGUUGGCAUUUGGAAAUCAUAUACUAUAAGCUGAUGGAUGACCACAAGAUAAGAACCUAUUUUGUCUUGGCUCUUAAAAAAUUCAACCUCUUAUCUCAAUGAUGAUGCUUAAUUUUUAAUAUGGCUUCCUUUUUGCAUCAGCUGAUGUGAUUUAUAAUUGAAGCAUUCACACCUUUAUUACUUUGAGAAUAUUAUCUUUUUGGGUGGAUUGUUGAAUACAGAGUAUAUGAUGUUAUGUGUUUCAGAUACAUUUAAUCAGCUGAAGUUUUCUGUGUUGAGAAUUGUGGCGACUGAUAUAAUAUUCUGUAAUAAUUGAAGCUCUCAUGAUGUGAACGGGAGCUUUGAGAGUGUAUCUCCUAGUGUCGAAGCACUAAGCUCAAUUCUUAGUAAUUGUUGUUGCAAUUGUCUUGCCAUUAAAUAAGUACAGAAUUUUGUUUUCACGGGAGAAUACUUUUUUGCCCAAGAUGAUGACUUUCUUU